GUUUUUUUCAAAUCAUCACAGCCACCAGCCUCUCUCUCCGGUGCUGUUUGCAUCCAAAUUCCUCUCCGGUGCAUGAGAAAGACCCGCUGCGCUCCGACCUACCGGCCGAAUAAAAUCUAGUGAUUGGAAAGGCAAGUCUGGGUGGAGAUCCCAGACCCAAGGUAAGCCUGAAAUAAUGAUGGAGGUUGAGCAGAAGGACGGAUCUGAUAACAGUCUGGUCUAUGGAAAUAAUCCUGCCAAACGUGGCAGAGGCAGGCCAAAAGGGUCAGUUAAGAAAAAGAUUAUCUCUGUCACAGAAGUAACACACAAUGUCAGGACAUCAAAAAGAGUGGAUUAUUUUUCACCUGAAACAGUGUUUAGACCGAAAGUGAAGAAGCGUGGUCGCCCUAAGAAGAUAAGAAUGCCAGGACGGCCAAGAAAGAUCCCCCUUACACCAGAAGAGGAAGCAGAGAGAAUGUUGAGGUUGAGCAAGCAGAGGAAACGGAGGCUUUCUAAGCCUCUUGGGAGACCCCGCAUCCAUCCCCUCAUAAAUAUCCCUAAAGAGAAAAGGGGAAGAGGUCGACCACGCAAAUAUGAACCCAUAGCAAGAGCUUCUUCGCAAAAUGGUACAGUCAAUGGAAACCUGAAGAAAAGUAUAAAGAGGAUGUCUGAGCUUAGUGAAGCCAUUCCUCGAAAGAGGGGACGGCCGCAAGGUUCAUUUAAGAAGAAACGGGGUCUAGCGGCAGGUUCACCAGCAAAAAGGGCCAUUCAGGGGACUCCUAGAAAGAGGGGGAGACCCCCAGGUUCUGGAACCAAGAUAUCAGUCAGGCAGGAGUCAAACGGAGCUCCUCGGAAGAGGGGCAGACCCCCAGGCUCUGGAACGAAACAAAAGGUCAUAACACAGGAAGCAGAUGGAGCUCCUAGAAAGCGAGGGCGACCCUCAGGAUCUGGGCUGAAGAUAAAGUUUGCAGCACGGGAGACGGACGGAAUUCCUCGAAAAAGGGGUCGGCCCCCAGGUUCCGGAGCAAAGAUAAAACUGCCAUCACAAGAAGCAAAUGGAGCCCCUCGAAAAAGGGGAAGACCACCAGGUUCUGGAAAAGCCAAUACUCAUGCAAAGGAGACCGAAAACAGUGAUCUGAGCAGCAGCAGUGCCGUCUCUGCCAGCAGCCAUCCUCGUAAGAGGGGCCGUCCUAGCAAGGCAAGCCUUGCUGAAGCCUCUGCAGGCAGUAAAGGUGAAGAGCAAAGUGAGGUGAAUGACGCAUCCGCACCUAAACGACCCCGUAACUCAUUUGCCUCAUCUGAGUACUCAGGUGUGGAGGCAGAGACAGUGGCAGAUGCUGCAGACCAAAAGGCCAGCGGGAAUGAUGCUGCAGAGGUGGCACCUGAAGGGGUGGUUGGAGGGAAGAAGCAUAAAAAGAAGUAAGAAGAAGUAAAUCAUUGAGUGCAACAGAGCACAGAAUAUUUUUGAAUGAGUUUUUAACAAAAUGAAAACAAAUUGUGUCAUCCUGAAGGUUAUCUUGAAGGCUAACCUUUUUAUCCGUUUUAUUUUCUUUGUCGCUUGAGUUCUGUGCCUUUUGCAUGUGUUUUUAAAGAUGGUUUGGUGUUCUGACGUUCUGUUCCAUCAGCUCAAUGUUAAUCCAAAGUGAAAAGCAGACCUUUUCAGAAGUCCAUUCUGAGACUAAACGGAACACCAGUGAACUAAAGGCAAAUGAUUUUCUGCCGUUACAAAUAAGCUGUUUGCAUGACUAGCUUGUCAUCCUCUAUAAGCAAGAUGUGAAUUUGGAAUUUUUUUAUUGUGCAAUUUUACCAGGUAAGAAAAUAAAAGAAUUGAAUUAAGGAUAAAACUCAGUAACUCUGCUAAAAUGCAGUGUCAUCUAUGAUGUACUCUAGUGUGUACUGAUUACAUCCUCGCUAGCUGGUGGCUAGAUUUUGUAGCAAGACUAUUGUUUGGAGGGUACUGGGAGUGAAACAGAGGACAUGUUUUCUGGGCCCUGUGGGAGGGGGAAAAAGUAAAAAGCCCAGAUAUUUUUUACAGGUUACAUCACCAGACAGCAAAAUGUAAAUAUACAGCAGUUUUGCUAUUUCUCCACACCAGAAUUUGUAGAUCUCUUAACAACGUAUUUUAAAAUUCUUUGCGGAUUGUUGCGUUUUACAUAAAACAAGUCUAGUUAGUUAUCAUUGCAUCUUAUGUUGCUUUGGUACGCUUAUGUUGUCAUGUACAUAUCCAGUAACAUCUACAUAAAAACUGUAACUGCCAUAUUUACUCUGUUGAUGAGUAUUUUAAUGGCUUACAUGGAUCAAAUUUGCAAUUUGAAGAGGUUUGCAAGUUUGUUUGCGUGGUUUGUUGUAGGGAUUAGAAUUUUGACCGAUAACUGACCAUUAUUUGUCAGUGAAUAAUCGUUAACCGACAAACCUUAAAUAACUACCCAUGAAAACAAGAACCACAGCACUGUUUUAAUUAAAAAUGACUUGCAUUAUUGAAUGAAAAAUUGCACCCUAAAGUAACAGAUAUGACAGAAACCUAAUGGAGUCUAGUACUUACCCCAUAUUAUUAAACCAACUUAAGAAACAUUUAUGGCCUGACUGGAGCCAAAUGCAUAAUGUAAACAACAAUUACUGUAAAGUCAGUAGCUCAUGGCUUUUAAGCUUUUUGUCAUGGAAUUUACUACAUAGGCUAAUCGUUAGCUAACAAACACAUUUGCAGGCUAGCUUAAGGCUACCUUCAGCAAAAGUAACUUAACAUUUAAAAAAAAAAAAACAGUUGUAGUCUAACCUGGCACUGUCGUGUGGCUGAAUAUCCUUGUUGUGAAACUGCUGUAAACUACUUUUAGGAUGGUUUAAUCUGUGCAAUGUGCCAAGUUGACAGUCAGAAUUGACUCCAGAAAGUUCAAUGAAAAACCCACCUGUUGAAAUAUCAAUUGUUUAUUGGAACUAAAAUGAACUUUUCAGUUGAAGCAUUCGUUGAACAUUUAAGUAUUUGUCGGUUAACGGUUAAUCAGUUAAUCGGUUAAUUGUUAAGAUCCAUUUUUGUUUUUGUUGUUUUUGUUUUGGCACCUUCUACCCAAAAACAAAUGUUUUAUUUUUUUAUGUUUUUAACGUGUGAGGACAUGAAUAUAUUUUAAAGGAAAAGAAAACGAUUUUAAUGUACACCUUCUUCCCUUCUUUUAGACAUGGACUGAAUUAGAACUUCUGAAAUUAUUUCUGUGAAUGUGUGACAAUUCAUGUUGUGUGUCUGUUUGAAUUGAUCCACACAUCGUGAAAGAUGACUGGUCCUUUAAUUUCUAUUUCUGUCAUAUGUGUUUUGCCUUAUGAUACAUGUGUUCUCAUAGGAGUGAGAAUAUGCCAUGUUGUUUUAAAAAAAUAUACAGAAAUGUUACGUGUGCUACAUGUGAUGUUUUUAAGCAUUUUCGUGCAGGUGCUAUCAGAUCUUUCGUUGGUACAAAGAGAGUAAUGUGAAGAAGGAUGCCACCCAAACUCUAGAAAGUAUUGUGCAGUAUGAUGUUUAUGGGAAAAAUAGGUGUCUUUUAUGUUUUUUAUACUUAUAAAAUACUGUCAUACUUUGUCUUACGGAAAUGGCCUUCCAAUAAAGAUGUUUGAGAAAACUGAAGUUUUGAAAUUAGAAAAUUGAAAGGUAGUUUUAGAGAAUCAAGUGUUUGAAAAUUCAUAGUAUCCCUUAGAUUUUUAUUAUUUUUUUUAAACAAUUGCACUUCACCUUGGUAUUGUAGUUUCAGUAACACUGUACUGUAGCGUGCUGUUCACAAGGCUACAUAACACCUAUAUAAGCUUGUCUUGACAACUGACCUAACUCUACAUAACUGUUUAUAAGUGCUUAUUCCAAAAGGCAUCAUCUGUCAUAAAGGCUACUUUGGCUGACUUUGAUCAAAAUUGGCAAAUGUAACCUUUAUGACAUGAUGCUUGUUGGAAUAAACAUUUCUAAGCAGUUAUGUAGAGUUAUGUCAGUCGUCAUGACAAACGUAUGUAGGUGUCAUGUAGCCUAAUGAACAGCACACUACAGUACAGUGUUACCGUAGUUUCUAACUUUUACUCAUUUAUCUGCAAGACUGAUUUUAUUAAUCCUACCUAUGUUUCUUUUUUUGGUUUCGUUAAUUUCACGUUUCAUGACUUUUUAAUGACCAUUGUAAUUACCAUAACAUGACAAAGUCAAAUGUCCGUGUGGUAUUAGAUUUCAUUUCAUAGUUGGGAGGACACUUAAUUCUGCAUGAUUGAAUUGCUCGGCCACAGUCAGAAAUACAAAAAAAAAGAAAAAAAUGCCUCAAUGGUAUGUUCCAACAAUACCUAUUUAAGCAUUUUGACUAAACCAACAAGGCUGUUAAACUCACAUGCCAUUGCUAUGUUUCUUUCUUACCUUUUUCUAGGCAAUAUACUCCCAUCUGGCAGAGUCAAGCUCUUGGUAUUUUUUGUACUUGACGAUAUUGUUUGCCUGGUAAAUUAGAAAGAUGCAUUGAUGUGCAUCAGAGGAGGCAUUACCCUUGUUGAUUUGAUGGUGCUGUUAUAUAUUAGGGGAGAUGUUAAUACAUUGGUGAUUGGCUGCAACUAGUUUGGGAAAUACAAUUCACAAAGUUACAAAUUUGUUGAAUCGCAAAUGUAGGCUAGCCUACGUGAACAUCGCUUCCGCACAAAGAAUGGUGGUCUUUUUAAAACUGCAGCUCGCACUUGUGGGAUAUGCUGUUUAUUUAGUUUAAGUAAAUGUUUAUGAUGCCUUGUUCUUUGAAACGUUUUAAGCAGUAAUCGUGUACGUCCCUAGGUGAAACAAUGUGUAAAAAACAACUGCUUUCUUUUGUUUCUAAAAGUACUGACUUGCCGCUAUUUUUCUUCUUUUUUUUUUUUUUGCUUAGUCUACUUGAGUAUGCCAUAGUGCAUAGACUCAUGUUCUACUCUAGCAUCUUUUUAGAUGUUUGAUUUAGGUAUUAAUCUGUACUUGUAACCAUUAGAUGCUGUUUAAUGUGAGUUCUUGUAUCUCUUGGGAUGUUACUUUAUCUUAAUAAAAUAAUCAUGUUCAA